AACAGCUUUCAUUUCCACAGAUGUCCAAAGCUGUACAGAAUAAUGGAGCAGCGUCAACAUCACAGAGUGCAGACCCUGUCCCCAGUAAAACUGAUGUUCCCGCAGACUUGUUGGACUUCUACGAGCAGAUGGAUAAGGACGAGGAGGAGGAGGAGGAGGAACUGCAGACAGUGUCCUUUGAAGUGAAGCAGGAAAUGAUUGAGGAGCUGCAGAAACAGUGUAUUCACAUGGAGUACCCCUUACUGGCAGAGUAUGACUUCAGGAAUGAUACCAUCAACCCAGAUGUUAACAUUGAUCUAAAGCCAACUGCCGUCCUAAGGCCCUAUCAGGAGAAGAGCUUAAGGAAGAUGUUUGGAAAUGGCCGUGCCAGGUCAGGGGUUAUUGUCCUUCCCUGUGGUAAGUAUAUCAGGGAUCUGCUCAGACUGCCAUGUUCUCUGUCUGCUUGUCCUGCUGGCUGUAUAAUUCACAGCUGUCGGUUUUAACCAGGAGCUCUGCUUUACAAUUUGAGA